AUGUUCCUAAGUGAAGUAAACCAUUGCGUAGUAAUUGCUUUCACCUUCUGCAUAAAACAAGGAGGGUGGCUCCGCAUCGACUACACCCUUUUGAGCACAAGCUGUGAUAAAAAUGAACCCCUCAUGUACCGGAGCAAAUCACCUGUAUUGAGUUUGACUUUCGCUAGCAAGCUGGCAGAACCAUACUCCGGCUACAUUUCAGCGGAAGCCGAUUUCUCUAACCACUGUAAUAGAUUUUGGCAUCUUGUCAAUCAUGGGGUAAUAUGGAUGGAAAAAGGUCACAAAACCGAGAAGGUGUAUAUAUAUUUCAGCCUGAUCUGUCCAGUCGUCCCAUUGCCCUUGAUCUCCGUCUUCUGCUCAAUAUCACGCUCAAUAUCACGCUCCGGUCCCCCUGCUUUGACGACUGUUUCGCGCAUCCAUAACUACUCAACCGCAUACAUGACCAACGCCAAAUACAGUAGUGGCCCCAGUAUUUUAAAACGUAAUAGAUAUGUUAUCCAUCAUCUCGUAUUCUCGGUGUCGUUCCCAGAAUACUUUGAUUGA